AUGUACUGCAUCGAGUUUCAGCUAUCGGACCAGGACCACGUCCAUGGUGGAGUUUAUGUUGCUGGAUCGUUUAAUGAAUGGUCUUCUUCCAAAGAUAAGUUGGAAUUUGAUCCCCUCAACGGGGUGUGGAAAACAACGUUGAAACUAGACAAACCCGUGGAAGAGGGGACAAAACUGAUGUACAAGUUUGUUGUUGAUAACGAGCAAUGGGUGUGUUCUCCAGACGAGCCGCGUGAACCAGAUGAAUCGGGCAUCGAGAAUAACGUGCUGGUGGUCACAGACGCGAUGUUGGAACAAACCCACCAAGAGCCAGACUCAGCCGACUCGUCAGGAUGGGUGGAUGUGGGAAAAGACCGCGAUUUGGAAACAAAACAGGUGAGCUCGCCAGAACAACCUAAAAAGCAGCCCAAGGAACAAUCCGCAGCCUGGAUCCUGUCGAUGGUCCAUAUUCUGGACUCUCUCAAAUGGUUCUUCAAGUACUACCUGGUGUCGCUGUUUGCGAAAAAGGGAGCAACCAAUAAUAACUAA